CACUGAGUGUGAGACCAGCCCACACCAGACACCAUCACCUCACGCAGCUACGCUUUCAAACAGAAACCGCAUCACUGGCGGCUGAAGGCUGACUUGUCCGCAUGCACACGGGGAGGCGUUUUCUGUCUGCUGCUGUAGUGCUUCAAGACGGUUUGCUGUUGACCUCGUCUGCGGCUGUACAGCUCGGGGAACCAGGGUGUCUGUGCUGUUCACAGAGGAGUGUGAAGCUGCUGGAGCAUGUGGUCGCUGGUGGUCACUCCUGGCUCUGACCUCUCCCCUCCGUGCUGAUCAUAUAGGAAGAAACAAGGUGUUAUGGGUGUCUGAGUAACUUCAAAUGUCUCUGAAUACGUCUGAGAGUUGGGAGGAGUCCCUGGCCAACUCCUCCUCACAAUGUGGUCACAAUAUGAGCAGCUGGGAGCAGCGCAUGGAUACGAUGUACACCUACUUCUACCUGCUGCUCUUCAUCCCCGGGCUGCUGCUCAACACCACUGCUCUCUGGGUCCUCCUCAGACAUAUUAGUAAGAAGACCAAGGCGGUGAUCUUCAUGAUAAACCUCUCAUUAGCAGACCUGGCCCACAUCCUCUCUCUGCCCCUCAGGAUUUACUAUUACUUCACACACGCCUGGCCCUUUGGACGAGGCAUCUGCUUGUUCUGCUUCUAUCUCAAAUACCUCAACAUGUACGCUGCUAUAGUGUUCCUGGUGUGCAUCAGUGUGCAGAGGUGUGUCUUCUUGCUCGACCCGUUCUCCGCCCGCCGGUGGAGGCGGCGCUACGACCUGUUGAUCAGUAUCAUAGUGUGGGUGGUGGUCGGCCUGGCCUGCUCGCCUUUCAUUCUCAUGCGGAGCAGCAGCAGCAAUCCCAGUAUUGGUGCACAGACAGUCUAUAACAUGUCCUUCUCUCCAGACGCCACUUCUACCCAGCAUCCCUCAGGUUACACCAGGCUUUAUGCAACAAGCCCCAGUGGAGUCAGUUCAGUUAGUCCCAGCUCCGCAAAAGGCAGCUGCUUUAAGGACUUGCCCAUGCGCCGUCUGUCCGUCUCUCUGGCGGCCACCAUGAUGGCUCUCGCCGAGCUGUUUGGUUUCGUGAUUCCUCUCGCCUGCAUCGUUUACAGCUCCGUCCGCAUCGUCCGCUCCCUUCACCAAAACCAGACCCAGGACCAACAAAACUCUGCUGUGCUCAACUCCUCGGCACGCAGCCGUCUCCAGUCCGUCACCUCCAACUGUCAGACGGAUCACGAAAAGCAGACAAACGGUGAGAAGCGGCGCGCUCUGCGGAUGGUGCUGAGCUGCUCUGCCCUCUUCUUGGUCUGCUUUGCCCCCUACCACAUCAACUUCCUACUCUACCUGAUGGUGUCGCAGGGCAUAGUGUCCAACUGUGCGACCAGGCUGGCUGUGCGUCAGUUCCACCCGGUGUCUCUGUGCCUGGCGAGCAUGAGCUGCUGCCUCAACCCUCUGCUUUAUUACUUUCUGACAGCCGAAUUCAGAUCACACCUCACCAGGCGCACCUCCUCCUUCACCUCCUCGCUGCUCUCCUCCCCGAUCAGCUCCCCGACCCAGCGUCCUCUACAGCAAAGACUGAUGAGCAUGGAGAGUAGCUGCUCAGACAGGGAUUAGCAUUAUUCAGAUUCAGUGUUUUUUCCUCAGGGAAUGACACAGCUGAACACGACAGACAGACGUGUCUCUGAUGCGCUCUGUGGAACUUGAAAACAGACGAACAAGAUCCAAGCUGGACAAAGAUGAUUUCACAUGUCACAGCUGUCUUAAUACAAACUGACUCGAAGAGCUUUGCCCUCAAUGUGAAGAACGUCCCGGAGGACAUUCACAUGAGAACAAACAAAUCUCAAAUCCAGCUGAAAUGAUUCCUGUGUAGCACACAAGAUCAAUGUGAAUAUCAUCAGAGUUGUACCAAACAUGUUAACUUCAAUGAAAAUGCAUCAAUUUAAAAUAAGCUACAUCAUAAAGGUCAAAGCUGUAUGCAUGUGCAUGUGAAUGUACUGUAAAUAAAAGCAAGUCUGCGCUUUUUCUCCUG